ACGAUGCGAGUCCUUCUACUGGUUGCAUUUGCGGCGUUGUUCCUGGUGGUGAGCGCAGACCUACUGCAGCUACUGCGCCACAUCACCCACCAGGACUACUUUCACAAACUGUCAGCGCAGGACCAGGUGAUCCUCGUGGAACUGUUGGCUGAGGGCGAGAUCGGUCGCCUGUCCCAAUACAUCCAUAAAGUUGGUCCGCAGACGAUCAGGCAGAUUGCGAACAGUUUACCAGCACACGAAGAGCAGCUCCUUGUGCAUUACAUACAACAGCACGUGCACCAUCCAAACACGACGGCGUCAACAUAAGUUAGCGACACUCAACCUUCUGUACUUAUGCAGCUGCUCCAACUAAAUGACAGGAAAUAAAGGCAUUGUCCUUC